AUGGAGAAAAUGAAUGCUGAAAUAAAAAAUUAUCAUAAUGCCAACAAUAGCUACGAAAUUAAAAUCAAAGAAAAUAUGUCAUACAUUGCAUUAGUCAAGAUGAAUGAAGGUUUUCGAUUGACCAAAGACUUGCCAGCAGAACGUUUAGAUCUCCAUUACACUAAAGAAGUCGAACCUUUAAGUAGAGCAAUUUUAAAAGAUAACACUUCAUAUCAAUCAAAUGAGUUGGAAAAAUUACCUUGGUUUAGAGUUUGA